UUUAAAAUGAAGAAGUCUGACAGUACCAAAUCUCUGCUGAUCAAAUCAGAGCAGCUCCUGCGAAUUGAGGAUCAUGACUUCGCCAUGAGGCCUGGUUUUGGAGGCUCAGCUAUUCCAGUUGGUAUUGACGUGCAGGUGGAAAGCAUCGACAGCAUCUCUGAGGUCAAUAUGGACUUUACCAUGACUUUGUACCUUAGACAUUACUGGCAGGAUGACAGACUAGCCUUCCCUUCCAGCAACAACAAAAGCAGAACGUUUGAUGCUCGGCUGGUGAAAAAGAUCUGGGUGCCCGACGUCUUCUUUGUUCACUCCAAGCGUUCUUUCAUUCAUGACACCACCAUGGAAAAUAUAAUGCUCAGAGUCUACCCAGACGGAAACAUUCUUUACAGUGUCAGAAUCACAGUGACGGCUCUCUGCUCUAUGGACUUCAGCAGGUUUCCACUUGACACACAGAACUGCUCUCUAGAGCUGGAGAGUUACGCAUACAAUGAGAAUGACCUCAUGCUCUAUUGGAAGAAUGGGAACAAUUCAUUAAGGACUGAAGAGAUUGCACUCUCGCAGUUUUUUAUUGAAGAAUUCCACCCUUCCUACGGGCUAGCCUUCUACAGCAGCACCGGCUGGUAUAACAGGCUGUACAUAAACUUCAUCCUCAGAAGGCACAUUUUUUUCUUCAUGCUGCAAACAUACUUUCCGACAAUGCUAAUGGUCAUGCUCUCCUGGGUGUCAUUCUGGAUAGACAGGAGAGCUGUCCCGGCUAGAGUCUCUCUAGGAAUCACAACUGUGUUGACCAUGUCUACUAUAAUUACGGGUGUCUCGGCAUCCAUGCCUCAGGUGUCUUACGUGAAGGCUGUGGACAUCUACCUUUGGGCCAGUUUCUUAUUCGUUUUCCUGUCGGUCAUCGAAUAUGCUGCUGUGAACUACUUCACCACCGUGGAAGAGAUGAAAAAACUUGUGAAAGGAAAGGUUAGUCUCCCAGUCUCCUAUGACGCAAACCAGGCUAUGGCAUACGAUGGCUGUUUUCAUGAUGAUAUUGAUGUUUCACCUUUCCCUGACCUCCCAACAACACCUAGCACGAUGCGAACAAUCCCACCCAGGGCCUCAUCCACCGAACCGCCCCCCACUGAAGGCACCAGACUCUGGAGGAAGCGUUCAGUCCGCCACAACAUCAGAUUCAUAAUGAGCAACAGCUACAUGAUUGACUCAUAUUCUAGAAUCCUCUUUCCAGUUGCAUACCUUCUCUUCAACAUCAUCUACUGGUGUAUUUACUCCUGAUUAUCGUAUAGUUUGUCUUUUUCCUGACAAGUCCAUGUAAAAAGUCCAGGAUGAGCCUACUGUUAGCGCACAAGAUAAUUUGAAGUUUAAUACUGAACUGUGGGCCUGAGAUGGCUAUCAAACACUUCAGCUUGGGCAAGAAGCACAAGUGGCCUGAAAAAGUGGACCAUGUUGAUCUUCUCGGUGACAUCAUGUUUGUACAGUUGCUCUGAGGAGGCCUAAAAGUUUUUGAUUCCUCUUUGGAUCUGGAAGUCUUUUGUCUUAAAUGUUCCAAACAAAUUUUUGGGAUGAGAAUAUUAAUCUUAUCCUGACAAUCACAGUGCAAUGGAUGUAUAAAUAGCUGCUUAUCUCACUUCUGUGACAUUUCUCAUGGAAUACAUCCACCACCCCAAGUCCAGCUUUAUCUUCUGUAAUUAAUUAGGUCGAAAGGAGGAACUCAACUUGGGUGUCUUUCUCGUACCAUCCCUUACGUGAGAACAAGGCUACCUGCUUUAACGUGUUCUAGAUAUACAUGUGAACCCUGAUGUGAACAUACAGAUGAGUAAAAGUGUAAGAUAAGCUAAUGAAUUGUAACGAUGAAAUAGCCCAACUGCUAGUCUCACAUAGUUAAGUAAUAAUAAUAUUAAUAAUAAUUCCUUACAUUUAUAUAGCGCUUUUUUAUAUAGUAUAGGGUGAAUCUCCUCAACCACCACCAGUGUGCAGCAUCCGCCUGGAUGAUGCGAUGGCAGCCAUAGUUUGCCAGUACGCUAACCACACACCAGCUAUUGGUGGAGAGGAGAGAGUAGAGUUAUACAGCCAAUUAAUGGAUGGGGAUUAUUAGGAGGCCAUGAUUGACAAGGGCCAGUGGGGGGAAUUUGGCCAGGACAUCGGGGUUACAGCUCUACUCUUUACGAGAAGUGUCCUGGGAUUUUUAAUGACCACAGAGAGUCAGGAUCAAGGUGUAAUGUCUCAUCCGAAAGAUGGUGUCUUUUUACAUUAUAGUGCGCCGUCACUAUACUGGGGCUUUAGGACCCACACAGACCACAGGGUGAGCACCCCCUGCUGGCCUACCUUCUUGCAGCAACCUUAGUUUUCCCCAGGAGGUCUCCCAUCCAGGUACUGGCCAGGCUCAACUCUGCUUACCUACAGUAGGCAACCACUAUAAGUCACUGUUGGCAAAAGUCCAGUUCACAUUACAAUUCUAUGGACAAAGUAAGUUUUGCGUAUGAAACCCCUUGCACAUGUGUUUGUGUGCUGGUAUAAAAAUAAAAAA